GAAAGAGCGGAGGAGAGCAAGGGUGGAGCGGGGGAGAGAAAACCCGGCCCCUCUCACACCACCCCGACUCUCUCGCAUUCGGCGUCAGCAAAAAAAAAAAAAAAAAAGAAAACCUAAUGUGAUCAAGAUGGAAGUUGUCUUUGGACUUUUUGCUGCUCCCCGGCUUUCUGACUGCCUUUGGGGGCUUCCGAGGUUUUCCCGACAGUUUCACAGCAGAGAUCCCGACCGGAGUGGAGAAAACAGCCCGCAGAAACAAAGUCUGAGGAUUGCUUACUGAAUUAGACAGAUGUCAAGUCACUUGAGGAGAGACGGAUUCAUACUCCCCAAAAACUACUAGGUAUUGCUUUCUGUGGAUGAAUGAAAAAGGCAGCUUAAACCAACGUUUCUGGACGACUGUACUCAAAGCAAUUUCUGGAUCUAUGACACACUUGGUUGGAUUAUGACCCGGUGUUUGAUCUCUGAAUAUACAGCCGCUGGAUUAUUCUGUAAAACAACAAAGAACUAAACAUUGUUGCUGCAGCGUAAGGGAAUCGGAUUGGUCCUGAGGUUUCAUCUUUACCGACGGCGGAUAGAAGGAGCAACUGUUCUGGGACACUUUUUGUGACCCCCCCCCUCCUCACCCCCUUACUUAACUAACAACCGGGAGCAUCUUCACGCCGGGAGGUGAACAUGUCUGUUGGUACCAACCGGUUCUUCUCCUGAGGAAACAAAAGAAUAUUUCUUUCGCCUGCCCGUCAAAGUCAUCUCUAUGGGAUAGCCGCGUCCCUCCACGAUGCCAGUAGCCAUACGGAAAAGACGUUGGGAGGAGCACGUGACUCACGCUUCAGGAUUACAGUACAGCUAUGACGACCUGGACCUGGUCUGCCGCCACGGGGUGCAGAGCGAGGGGCCUCGGGUGGCAGCCGGCUCCUCUAAACAAGGGCGACGGACGAGGUGUGCGUCCAUGCCGGAGGGCUGCCACCGACUGCCCCCGCAAGACUCCGUUGUGUGUGAUCACACCGCGUCAGAACAGUCGAAGGUAACGGGCGGCGACGUAAAAGCCGACGUUGUUAUUCCCCGAAGGGCCGAGGGCCGCGACGGUGGGAUGGAAAACGCUAAGAAGACCGCCGAUGGGGAAAACGUCACGGAGAGCAGCGUGAGUCCCAACGUGUGCGAUGACGAUGGUGUCUUUAAAAGUCCACAUAUCUCACGUGAAGGGCAACAGUGCAUCUCUAUCUCUUCAAACAAUGGGCCUCUACUGUCGAGAUCCGCUGUUGAACCGCCUGGCAAACCUCCAAAUCAUCAGGAAACAAAGGAGAGCCACACAGAGGGUUACAGCAGACCUCCUGAAAUCUCUGAGGCCGCACUAAACCGGUUCUCUGCCGCUGAACUGGAACCUCAGACUGACCCUCCAGAUGCAGGGGAAGAGAAGAUUUCCACUUUUGGCCAUGCUGAUGCAAGUGUAGCUGUACGUGUUGGUGUGCUGCACAGUCCAGUUAAUAUGAUGGAGAGGCGCGAUGGGAUGUCACCGGCUGACGAAACUGUGGAAACAGCAGCGGCUUUAGCGGUGGAGGCGUCGGGUGACAAAGGAGUAACUGAAAGCCGCAGCGCAGAGGCUGCUGUCGAGCCGGAUGGAUUAAAUGACCCAGAAACUGUAAAUGGAAAUGCAGGACUUCACUCGAGAGGCCCCCUGGGAGUAGAGCAGGACCAUCACCGCCGGGCUGAGGAUUCCCGUCAAGCUGGUGGCUGUGAAACACCCCGCCAGGUGCUGCUGGAACUGCAUGAUGUCGAAAUGAUGGCGAGGAGCGCGCCUCGGGAAGAGGAAAGUGCACAAGCACACGGCGGGGAGGAAGCAGCAGCAGAGGUGAGAGGCGAGCCGACCGCCCCAUCCGGCACCAGCCUCGAUGGUCAGCGUCGGCCCGCGGUGGUCAGCGGCGAUGUGUCGUCUGAAGAACCGGAUGGCGGGUAUUCAGGAGGAAACCGCGUCCUGACAAACGUUACUCAGUGCGCAGACCGCUGUGAGGAAACUACCACCUCUGUUAGUCAACCAGUGGGAAACAAAGAGUUGGCCUGUGGUGACCAUGUAACCGAAAAUAGCUGUUCAAAAGCGGAUGCUACCCAGAGGGGGGGCCCCGGUGGGCCAGAGGACACCACCGCCCUGGAACCUCAGAACAACACAGACUCCGUCUUAAACUCCAAAAAUCCACAUGUUCAGCGGCCCCGCGUGGAUGUUAAACACGCAGGCUCGCCACCAAGCUCUAAGGAGGUCAACCGUGACCUCUCACCGGGGGGACUCCAUGGCAACCAAGCCCCUGGCUCCCACCUCGGUGAGUCGCCUGCCGCUGAGGUGGCAGACGGUCGGGGGGAACAGCAGAGGCCGGGGGCCACAGUCUCAGUCCUCAGUCCUCCUGGGAUGGAGGAGCCCGGCGAGGCCGCAGGCGGUGCCGUUUUCCCCGGCAAACAACCUGCCGCUCCAGUUUUAGAAGGAGCGAAGGACCCCGCAGAUCCAAAUGAGGACGGCGUGGUUCAAGUGCGUAUGAGAAAGCGUGAGCAUGCUCGUCUGGACUCGAUGGUGCUGCUGCUGAUGAAGCUGGACCAGUUGGACCAGGAGAUUGAGAAUGCGCUCAGUGCCACCUCCUCCAUGGACAGCACCCCGACCCUUCAUCGGCGACAACCCCUGGAGUCUGAUUUGGGAUCUGUGGCAGCAGCAGCAUCCCAAAACCCCCCACGUCCACACGGGGCCCACGUUGCCUCCAGCUCAGGACCCCCACCAGCCCUCGGAGCAAAACCCAAGAGUGGGAGCACCUCUACCAUUCCUGUGACAGAAAAAGCUGAGAUCGAAGCCAAAGAGGCCUGUACCUGGCUCUGGGCAGCAGGGUUCCCACAGUACGCCCAGCUUUACGAAGACCGUCUGUUCUUAGAUGCCCAGUUUCCCAUCGACAUCUCUUCAGUCACCAGAGACCAUGACUUCCUCGAGCGGGACGCUAUUGAGGCUCUCUGCAGGAGACUGAACACACUGAACAAGUGCGCUCUGAUGAGACUGGAGAUAUCGCCGCAAAGAAAGCGAAGCGAGGACUCCGAUGAGGACGAGCCGUGUGCCAUCAGCGGCCGCUGGACCUUCCAGAGGGACAGCAAGCGCUGGUCCCGCAUGGAUGAGCUGGAGGUUUUUUCCUCACUGCCUGCAGAUGCCGCGCCGCCCCCAUUCCCCAAGGACCAUCCGUCCCAGAAGAGCAAGCUCGCCCUGCGCGAGGCCAACAGUUCAGAGAGCAUGCUGACAGACCUCAGCGAGCUGCCUGAAGUGGGCUCUAUCCACAGCAGCGGCAGCAGAGGGAGAGGAGGAGGAGAGGAGGAGCAGGAGAAGAGCCACGCCGCUGCCCUGGCAAACGAAGCCGGGGCCGCCGGGGCAACGCGCGCCAGCUCCGUGGCUAGCAUGUGUUCGUCCUCGGGCACCGGCGGGUCGGGAUGCGUUAAUGAGGACUCGCUGUCGGACGGGAUGCCCCCGUCGCCCCUGGAGACGCUCGGGCAGUUCACCUUCGACGUGAAAACGGCAACGGGAGGCCCGGGGGGAAGUCUGGACAGAGAAGACGGCGGCAGCAAAAGCACACGCUCGAGAGCCAAGAGCUUCCUCAAGAGGAUGGAGAGCCUGCGGCUGCGCAGCGGCACCUCGUCCAAGAGAAAGAAGAAGGGCAGCGCCAGUGGGGGGAAGAUAGAAAUCAGUGGUCCUGUCAUCAAGGAGGGUCUAGAUGAUGACAAGCUGCGGAGGCUCAACUGUGUCGACAUCUCCAGCAUCAACCUCAACCAGAACCUCAAUCACCACCGCAUUCCCGCUCAGACAAUGACGCUCAACCGCAAUCGCUCCGUCUCCUAUUCCACUCAGACCAGCAACGGCAGCACUGGGAGCACUGGGAGCAGCCAUUCCGAAGCCAGCAGUGGGAGUGCGGUGAGCACGCCGAGCCCGGUGACCCGCGCUCGCAGUCACAGCAUAGCGGCGGGCUCCAGCAAAAGGGGAGGGAUGUAUUUGGAGGGUUUCGAUCCUUUCAGCGUUCCCCAACACGCUUCGGAUGGCCUGCUGACGACCCCGCCCAAAUCUGCCCCGCCCAUCCCCUGCCAAGCCGGCAAAGGGAUGACGGUCGAUGAGCAGAACCGCAGGAACAACCGCGCCGCUCGAGACGACAUUAGACGAGCAGCAGCAGCAGCAGCAGAAGAAGAAGGAGAGGAGGAGGAGGAGGUGGGAGAGGACGGCACGAUCUUCUUCUUCUUACCCGAAGGUCACAAGCCCGGAACCUUCCCCACAGCCCUGCAGGACGGGAGUUCACGCACCAGCAACGGGAAUGACAACGGGAACUCUGUGAUCCUCAGAGGGCGGCAAAGCAGUCGGCAGCGCCAGUGCUCCUCGGGCUCCGUGGACAGUCGGCUCAGCUUUUAUGACAACGUGCCCUACGCUGAGAGGGAGGAAGGUGCAGAGGAGGAGGAGGAGGAGGAGGGGGAUGAACACAAACUGGAGCAAGUGCUGCAACACGUCAGCGGCCUGCAGCGGUUCGUUAACGCCUGGUCAGAGGCUGUGGCCGGCGAAGAAGAAGAAGAAGAGGAGGAGGAGGAGGAGGACGACGAUGACGAAGAGGAGGAGGAGGGAGACUCUGACUCAGCGCUGGACUCGGCCUCGCCGUGCCCGUCGUCUCCCCUGCAGAACCGGCUGGAGGAGACAGAGAACGGGAGUGACCAAGACAGCACGGGAAACCCGCUGGGAGAGGGAGAGGAAGGGAUGAGAGAGAGGAGGGAUUCUGGUGUCGGGGCGUCUCUAACCAGAACCAGCAGACCGCAGAAACUCCGUUGGCCGAGCUUCCAGAAUUCCCACCGGCCGAGUUUGGCCUCAGCCCAGCUCCAGAUCAGCUGCCAGUCUGUCCUACAGAUGAAUCUGCUUCAGAAGUUCUCUCUGCUGCAGCUCACUGCUCUGCUGGAAAGACACACCCCGACAAACAAACAUGGCUUCAGCUGGGCCGUGCCAAAGUUUAUGAAACGCAUCAAGGUUCGGGACUACAAAGACAGGAAUGUUUUCGGUGUUCCACUCCAAGUCAUCGUCCAGCGAAGCGGCCAGCCCCUCCCUCAGGGGAUUCAGCAGGCCAUGCGCUACUUACGCAACCAGUGCCUUGAUCAGGUGGGGCUUUUCAGGAAAUCGGGCGUUAAAUCUCGUAUUCAAGCUCUUCGUCUGAUGAACGAGGCGAGCGGCGUAGACGGGGGAGGCGUCAACUACGAGGGCCAAUCGGCGUACGACGUCGCAGACAUGCUGAAGCAAUAUUUCAGAGAUUUACCAGAACCCCUGCUCACCAGCAAGCUCUCUGAGACCUUCCUGCAGAUUUAUCAGUACAUGCCUAAAGAGCUCCGUCUGCAGGCGGCCCGUGCCGCCGUGGUGCUGCUGCCCGACGAGAACCGCGAGGCGCUGCGGACUCUGCUGUGUCUGCUGAGCGACGUGACGGCCAGCGUGUCCGAGAACCAGAUGACGCCCACCAACCUGGCUGUUUGUCUGGCCCCGUCCCUCUUCCACCUCAACACCUUGCGUCGCAAGGAGAGCUCCUCGCCAAGGGUGAUGAACAGGAAGCAGACACUGGGAAAGCCGGACCAGAGAGACCUGAAUGAGAACCUGGCUGCCACUCACGGCCUAGCACACAUGAUCCAAGAGUGCAGCAAGCUCUUCCGGAUCCCAGAGGAGAUGAAUCGCUGCCGAAACUCCUACGUGGAGCAGGCGCUGCUGCCUGGGCGCUUGGAAGACCUCACAGGCGAGGAAGCCGUACAGGGGGGUUACAGGGCCUACCUGAAGGACAGCCUAGACGCCCUCCUCAAAGACGCCAAGGACAAGUUCAAAGGUUACGACAGCUGCUCCACACCUGAGCACGCCGAACUUUCCUGCAAGAAGGUUCAUGACGGCUUUCCACUGCGGCUGUGGAAGGUGACCGUGGAGGUGCCUGCGAGUCCUGAGGAGGUCCUGACGCGAUUGCUGCGGGAGCAGGGCUACUGGGACGAGGACCUGCUCGAGAGCCGGGUGGUGGAGACCCUGGAUGAGAGGACGGAGGUCUACCAGUACGUCAGGAAUACCAUGGCUCCACAUCCCACCAGAGACCACCUGGUGCUCAGAACAUGGGUAACGGACCUGCCCAAGGGAGCGUGCGCACUUGUGUGUAGAUCUGUGGACCAUGAGGGCGCACGCGUUGUAGGCGUUCGGACCAACGUACUGACCUCCCGCUACUUCAUCGAGCCCUGUGGAAGCAACAAAUCCAGACUGACGCAUAUUUCCAGGAACGACUGCAGGGGUCGUUUCCCAGAGUGGUACAAUAAACUAUAUGGACAGCUGUGUGCGGCGGAGGUGGCGCGGAUACGGGACUCCUUCAACGUGCCCAUGGACAAAUGAGAAAGUCAUCUGGGGAGCAGCGGACUCGGCGGUCAUACUUUGGAUCCUACAGAGGAAUCAAAAUGACUCAUUUUAUCCGUGAGCAAGAUUGGGUCCAAGCCUCUGAACCAUCAGAUUUUAAGGACAGAUCCUAGAUUGAAGGACUUUUUUGCUUUCAUUGUGUUCCAAUAGACUGACGUUAUCGUUUAAGAACUGUUCUGUUUGGGCGCUCGGUGUGCUGCCAGGGGGACUUGUGACACAAACACUUACCCGGGCCAAAAGACACGAUGUUGAUGAUACAGGAUGUGAUCCAAAGGGUGCUAUAGCUUCUGAGAAGCAAGGGUGUAUGUGUGCGCGUGUGUGUAUUUGUGUGUACGUGUACAUGUACAUGAGUGUUCAAUGGUUAUUAGAUACAUAUUCCUCGCAUUGUUUUGUUUUUUUCCAGUAGCAGCAUAAUGUGUACAUACAUUAUUCUCUUCACAGUGGUGGUGUGUGUCCGUCUCGUGUUACCCCUCCGCAUUGUUGUGUUACAGCACGGCACAAGAGGAACAGCAGACCACAGUGCGACUAUUUGAUUGAUGAAUCCGUGGGUGAAUAAAGAUGUGAUUUUGCAGGUAAUACAGUAUAGAGUAUAAAGCAGAGUGUCCUAGUGAGGUGACUGGGGGGGGAAGGGGCGGCUGAUGGCAGGGUUUAGGGGUUUCACGAAAGGAAGGCAAAGACAGAUGAGAAUCGGUGGCUGGCACACCAAUAAGAGGAAGGGAACGAUCCAAGAAACGGAAACUAAUUUACAAGAUCACACCAACAACGCUAGAAUUUAAUGCCAACAGAUCUACAUUAAUGGACCAAAUCUGAAAGAGCUUAAACAAGUAGCUUUACAAAAUACAGCUUUUUCUUCAUUAUUAAAAGAUUAGUGUUGUUAAGAGCACAUGUUGUUGUUGUUGUUGUUGUUGUUGUUGUUUAAGGCAGGGCAUCACUUGUAUAGAUUUUUUUUAAUAAGACUAAUUUUGAUUUCACCAUCAUUUUGGUGUCCAUGAAAACAGAAAAAAAGACAAUGCACUGUUCUAACUUGCAGCAGAAACCUCCGGCGAGUCCUAAAGAUGAGAAGUGAGCAGAGAAAAAUGGUCCUUUUAUAAAGGGGGAGAUAUUACAGGUUUUACUGUAAAGAAGAGGGCCAAUUGAAUGUUUGUGUGAUUUCAAAGGAAGGAAAACGAUAUUUGUGUAAGCUUCAGCAUCUCUGUGCUGUCGUGUCAGUGUUUUAAAGGAAGACAUUUGGGUCCUCGUAACCUUCUUCAUUCAUAACACUCAUGCUUCAAUCUGAGGGCGCGCAUAUUUCGUGUUGAGUUGUAUGAUUCAUUGUUAAGCCAUUGUUCAUAUCGUAAAUGUUCGUACCUUUAGCUGUGUCUCUGCCAAAUAAUAACGCAUGAAAAUUACAGUUAAUUUAAAACAUAUGUAUUUAUACCUCAGAUAUGUGUUUGUUUUGUAUCAUACCAUUUUAUUUUAUUGUAAAUGUUAAGCUUUGUGUUACAGAAAUGAACAAAUGUUUUAUCUUUUUUAUUAAUAUUAUUUCUGUACAGGUUAAUCAAAGUGCACUAUUAAAUGUAUUAAAAUAAGAAA